AUGCCUGCGUCAAACACCAAUUCUGCCUCCGAAGAGGAGUGCGAUUUACGACAGUGUGCUGAGUGGUUAAAUCGGUGUCGUACUAUUCCGGAUGAUCAUCCAACUUUGAUGCCCGAUGGCUGUGGCUUGCAGCUAGUUCAAACUCUUAUGGAUGGUGUUAAACUCUGCAAUCUUUUAAACACGUUGACGAAUGGUGAAGUUGACCCAAGAAAAAUGAGGGAUUUUAGCCCGCAAACGCAACAGUCGCCAUUUUUGUGUUUCAAAAAUAUCCGAUUAUUUGUGAAGUUAUGUGAGGAGGAAUUUGGAAUUGAUAAAAGUUACCUUAUUGAACCAGGUGAUUUGUAUCACGCGAAGAACUUUGGGAAAGUCAUUGAGCUUUUAUCGCGGCUAUCCCGUUGCCCCCGGGCUCAGCUCUGUGGAAUACCGUAUGCUAUUUUUUUACAUUCAUACCGUUACGAUAGAGGAUUUCCUCCCGAAAAUGGAAACCUUCAAGUCCCCCACGAAUAUUACAAUAACCUUAAAGAUAUCGCUGCCUCCAUGGAAGAUAUGCAAGCUACUGCAGAAUCUAAUUAUGCUGAUAUGGAGGAAGAAACCAAUGAAAUUGUUUAUGAUACAAUCGUUCAUGGUGGGAAAGGUUCCAUGACGACAGAAGAUGAGCCUACAUCUCCAAGAUCGUUUUGUAUAAAAGAGAUUGUAUCUACCGAAAAAAACUACGUUGAUGUUCUAAAGAUGCUCAUUGAGAAAUAUAAGUGGCCGCUAUCGAAGUGUCUUUCAUCACAGGAAUUGGAGGAGAUUUUCAAGUAUAUUGAGGAACUUCAUUGCAUUCAUCGUGAACUCCUCUCGAACUUGAGCCUGGCAGUUAGCACGACAUUGGCGGUGCUAACGCUUGGCGAGGUCUUCAUAAAGAUUCGAGAUCGACUGCUGAUUUAUGGUGGAUACUGUGGUCAUGUUCAAAAGGCCCAGACGCUUGUCUUAGAAAUAACCAAAAAUGAUGUUGAAAAACGAACCAAAAUUCAGGAAUGCCAAGCUCAGUCCGAAAAUUACAGUAAAUUUCAUCUCACGGAGCUCUUAACUGUUCCGAUGCAGAGGGUUUUGAAGUAUCAUCUCUUGCUUGAGCAACUCUGUAGGCUAACGGAUGAUGAUCACCCUGAAAAGCCCGAGUUGUUGACAGCUUUGGAUGGUAUGCGGGAGCUCGCACAGACAAUCAAUGAAGUGAAACGCGACUUGGACACCAUUAGUGCCAUCGAUCAAAUUCAAGCAAGCCGUGCACUUUUUAUCCGUCCCUAUCGAAAGCUUGGAAUGUACCCUGGUGUGCACGUUCAAGCGACCUUUGGGGGUCAUUCUAAUAUGUUUUCCUCUUCGACAAAAUCCUCCUUCUGUGCAAGUCAAAGGCAAGCCGGCGACAAUUACACCUUCAUGGCCGCCUACCACAUAGUGAACGGCUCACCUCAACCCCUUGGUCUACCCUCGAAGAAAGGAGGAAAGUUUCCCUAUGAGUUCACUAUUCCGUUGGCCGGUGAACGCGAUGAAGACGUUCAAUUGACCUUCUUUGCAAAAUCGGAGGAGUUCCGAAAUGCUUGGAUUAAGGCCACUGAAACGGCGUUGAGUAAUCAGUUUCCUCCCGGAGCCAAGGACAAUGGUUAUCAAUUUGAGAUGGCAACUUUCAAGCAAACAACUUAUUGUUGCGUGUGUAAAAAACUACUUCAGGGUGUCUUCUAUCAGGGAUACCAAUGCAGAGAAACCGGUUUGGCUGCGCACAAAGCCUGUCUGGUGAACGUUCCGACCCUUCUCCCUCCUCAUACUUCCAUGCUUGUGGCCAAUGGAGGGACUACCUACCAUCGCGGCAGUCACAUCCCCGGCGUCUUCCGUCCUUCCAUUGUCUCAAUGUCGAUUCCUUCUCAGCAGUCAUCGGCGCUCUCCUCCGCGAAUCACCAUCACCUCUCACAGCAACAGCAGCAUCGAGUCUCGCGCAAUACCAGCUCCGUCUCCACCGACUCCGCCAACAGCUCCUCACUCCAUCUGCGCACUAGCUCGAACUCUUUUGAGGCUAUUGGGGAUGUCUUUGCAGCCAGGGCAAUUGUGAUCACCGCGGUGGCCGCCUACUCGGGUGAGCCUCCACCUCCACUCUCACCUCCUGGUGCCUUUGGUGACCCCUCGAAGCGUCUCAAACCGCUCUCCUUUAACACUGGUGAUAGGAUCACUCUCACUCAGCCUUUCGAUGGGUCAAGAUGGCUUCACUUAAGAACUAGCGUUCCUAAAGGACUUGUUAACAUUAAAAUGCGCAUAGUCGGCGCCUUAAGGAACACCAUCUGCCCUUUAUGUUGCAUGCUGCGCGUUGUGUUUGUGGCGAAUGUAAAUCAAUCCCUCAGUCGGAGUGCUCCAGGUCUUAGUGUUAUCCUCCAUCUCCCGUGUGCGCGUGCCUACAGCUCGUGCAUCAUGUCCUCCCCACCUCCCCUGAGAGACAGGUUCAAUCACACCCCAGUUCCUGUUGCUCAUGUGGUCCCACUUUGUAAAGAAGAUCGUCUUAUGUGCCCUUGUCACGCUAUCUUCCUGCAAACACACUUUAAGGGCCGACUGAAUGACCAAGAAGGGUGGUUUCCAGCGUCUCACGUGGAAAUCCCUAUGAAAUCUGAUAGACCUCUGACCACGAUGUCUCGCCAGACUUCUCGCGACCAAGUUAUGCAUGUCCUGUCGCUUAACGAUGUGACCCCACAGAUGACCUCGUCGUUGAGGUUUGCUUCCACCUCAGCGUCGCCGUGCUUAGGACAGCACAACUCCACUGAGCGCGAGGCAGGUGAAUGUCUUGCUACGGACGACACCGAUGGACACUGCACCUCACCUUCCACGCCGACCACCAGUACCAAAAUCGCCCUCUCCAAUUGUCCAUGGUACUUUGGAGAAAUGGAUCGAGCAGAGGCAACCCAGCUACUGACAGGGUGCGAGAAUGGUACAUUUCUUGUGAGAAUUUCUAAAAACGUCUCUCGGAUGGGCGAAUAUUCUCUCUCCGUCGUGUACCACCAUCCGCGCCACAUCCGCAUUCAGCGCAGCUCCGACUCCUGUUUCUAUCUCUGCUCUCCUCAGCGUUUCAAGUCCCUUGAAGCACUUGUGGACUUUUAUUGCCGAGUCUCAUUAAACGAGUGCUUCGAUGAGGUGCAGACUUGCCUCCGGUUCCCCUACCAACGAUGCCCUGAGGACAGCGUACUCUUCUACGCACGGGCCCAGCACGACUUCGAAGGUGAUGCAAAUCCACGCAUGCUGCCACUGACCCGUGGUGACCUCGUGCACGUGAUCAGUACUCGGGCUAAGGAACAGGGCUGGUGGAAAGGUUGGCUCAACGGAAGGAUUGGAUUUUUCCCCCUUUCCUUCGUCACCCGGCAGCCAUGA